UAAGAGUCUCUUUUGCUUGACGUACAGUUCUAAAACCGCAGACUCGAAGAUCAGAUGAUUCCCCCUCUUUCAACUGUAUACACAUGUCGCGCAUGUAGAAACCCGAUUCUUGGAUUUCAAUGGAGUUAGUUCAACGUGCUUCAUGUUUAGUAUACACUCCUAAGUGCAGUCCUCAGAACAAUCAAUACGUGAAUCUGCCGAAAAAACUCCGAAAGCAAAGCCACAAGAGUGAUUUGAGCUUGGGUUUGAUAGAAAAUGGUUCGAAAAUGAAGUCGUUGGUUGUUAAUGCGAGGGAUGGAGGGGCGGUGGUGGAGAAGCCGAAACUGCGGCGGUUUCGGGUAUUCGAGGGUUAUCCGGCGCCGUUUGGGGCUACUGCUCUCGACGGUGGAGUGAAUUUCGCGAUUUAUUCAACCAAUGCGGUAUCGGCGACUCUGUGCUUGAUGACUAUAUCAGAUAUAGAGGAGAAAAGAGUGACUGAGCAGAUUUUUCUGGAUCCACUGGCUAAUAAGACAGGAGAUGUCUGGCAUGUAUUUCUGAAAGGAGAUUUUAAAGAUAUGCUAUAUGGCUACAAAUUUGAUGGGAAGUUUUGUCCUGAAGAAGGACAGUACUACAAUUCUUCUCAAAUACUGUUGGACCCUUAUGCUAAAGCAGUUGUAAGCAGAGGGGAAUUUGGUAUUUUGGGACCUGUAGAAAGUUGCUGGCCCCAAAUGGCCUGCAUGGUACCUUCUGCCAAUGAUGAGUUUGACUGGGAAGGAGAUUUACCCCUUAAGUGUCAACAAAGAGAUCUUGUUAUAUACGAAAUGCAUGUUCGUGGAUUUACAAGACAUGAGUCAAGUCGAGCAAACUUUCCUGGUACAUACCGUGGUGUAGUGGAAAAACUUGAUCACUUGAAGGAACUUGGUAUCAACUGUAUAGAGCUAAUGCCAUGUCACGAAUUCAAUGAGCUGGAGUACUACAGCUACAAUUCUGCCUUGGGUGAUUAUAAGGUGAAUUUUUGGGGAUAUUCAACGGUCAAUUUCUUUUCACCAAUGACAAGAUAUGCAUCUGCGGGUACCGAUGAUUGUGGCCGUGGCGCAAUAAAUGAAUUCAAACAUCUUAUUAAAGAAGCACAUAAACGAGGAAUUGAGGUGUUCAUGGAUGUUGUUUUCAAUCACACCGCUGAAGGGAAUGAGAAUGGUCCCAUAUUGUCAUUUAGGGGUGUUGAUAACAGUGUCUUUUAUAUGCUUGCGCCUAAGGGAGAGUUCUAUAAUUAUUCAGGUUGUGGAAACACCUUCAAUUGCAACCAUCCCGUUGUACGCCAAUUCAUAUUGGACUGCUUGAGAUAUUGGGUAACAGAAAUGCAUGUGGAUGGCUUCCGCUUUGAUCUUGCUUCUAUCUUGACAAGGGGAAGCAGUCUCUGGGAUGCGGCGAAUGUAUAUGGAAAUCCAAUAGAAGGUGACAUGCUGACAACUGGCACUCCUCUCAGCAUCCCGCCACUAGUCCAUAUGAUUAGCAAUGAUCCAAUACUUCGUGGAGUAAAGCUUAUAGCAGAAGCAUGGGAUUGUGGAGGCCUUUACCAAGUUGGCAUGUUUCCGCACUGGGGUAUUUGGUCAGAAUGGAAUGGGAAGUAUCGUGACAUAGUACGGCAGUUUAUCAAGGGUACAGAUGGAUUUGCUGGGGCUUUUGCUGAAUGCAUUUGUGGCAGCCCCAAUUUAUACCAGGAAGGUGGAAGGAAACCAUGGAACAGUAUCAAUUUUGUGUGUGCACAUGAUGGUUUUACUUUGGCUGAUCUAGUGACAUAUAAUAACAAACAUAACUUAGCAAAUGGGGAAGACAACAAUGACGGAGAGAAUCAUAACAAUAGCUGGAACUGUGGAGAGGAGGGGGAGUUUGCAAGCAUUUCCGUGAAGAACUUGAGGAAACGACAAAUGCAAAAUUUUGUUCUUUGCCUCAUGGUUUCACAAGGCGUCCCCAUGAUCCAUAUGGGUGAUGAAUAUGGUCACACAAAAGGAGGGAACAACAAUUCCUAUUGCCACGAUAAUUAUAUCAACUACUUCCGAUGGGAUAAGAAGGAAGAAUCCUCAUCUGACUUCUUCAGAUUUUGCUGCCUUAUUACCAAUUUCCGCCAUGAAUGUGAGUCACUUGGAUUAGAUGACUUCCCUACAGCAGAGAGGUUGCAGUGGCAUGGUCAUGCCCCUGGGAUGCCAGACUGGUCCAAAACAAGCCGAUUUGUGGCAUUUACAUUGAAGGACUCAGUGAAGGGAGAACUGUAUGUUGCCUUCAACACUAGUCAUUUACCUGUCACCAUUACAUUGCCACAACGGCCUGGCUACAGGUGGGAGCCUUUGGUGGACACCAGCAAACUUGCACCAUUCGACUUCCUCUCUGAAAACAUUCCAGAAAGAGAGACAGCAAUAAAACAGUAUUCACACUUUCUUGAUGCCAACCUAUACCCUAUGCUUAGUUAUUCUUCUGUUAUUUUAUUACUCUCACCAGGUGAUACUGCUUAGCUUAAAUCCAGUAGCCCCAGGAUUAAGUUGCUUCAAUUGAUGAAACUUUUCGAUAUCAUGCACAAAUAUCCAGAUCACAUAACUGUGUACGGAGAAGUGGCCAGAUGGAUAGUUGUGAAAGAGUCUGUGGAACAAGAAGGCAAAUGAUGUAAUUAGUGGAAUCCAUUAUUGAGGAGGGGAAGGAUAGAUUACAUUGACUGGAAAUCUAUAUCAUGAUGGUGGAAUUACGAUUUAUCUGCAGCUAUAUUAACUUUUAAGUUCUACUGUAAAUACUUGCCAAUGGUUUGAUUCAAUGAAGUAUUUUUUAUUUUUUGAACUCA